GCUAAGAAAAUGUUUUGGGCUUUUAAGAUCCAUUGAUAUUGUUUUGGGCUGACGGCAUCCUUAAUAGGCCACUUAAAGGGCCUAAAGAAUCUCAAGUCUAGAGCCACGCACUGAGCUGAGGGCUGGGGCUGGAUAGCUCAAAUCUUCGGAUGAUGAAGACUAGAGGCAACUAAGUAUUUGAAGUGAAUGGCUAUGCUUCUUACACAUUACUCUCACUUUGGCUUCACAUCAUCACAACACCAAACUCUUCUUUCUGUCUCUGUGUUAGUGUAUUUGCAAUGGCAAUAACUCUACACUCACUUGCAUUCGCAUCUCCGGUCUCACACUGUUGUCAACACCAACCACGCUCUCUGUCAGGUAUAGUAACAUGGUCUGUUCAUGGAAGUGUGCACUCACCCUUCAUUGGCCAAUCUUUACACCUGACUCGCCCACGCUUGGCCCCAUUAAAAACAAACUCUCUGAUAUCUGGACACAUAACAAUGAUGGUCAAACCAACAAUCCAGUUCAUCCAAGGAACCGAUGAAUUGACUGUACCAGAUGUGAAGCUAACCAAAUCAAGAGAUGGUACAAACGGUAUGGCUAUAUUCAGUUUUGAUCAACCCUCAGUUUUUGACUCGUCCAAUGAAAUUGGUGAUAUCACUGGAUUUUAUAUGAUUGAUGAGGAAGGGGUUCUUCAAUCAGUUGAUGUAAGUGCAAAAUUCGUUAAUGGAAAGCCUUCAAGGAUUGAAGCAAAAUAUAUAAUGCGGUCUCCCCGAGAGUGGGACAGAUUCAUGAGGUUCAUGGAACGAUAUGCAAAUCAGAAUGGAUUGCAAUUUGUCAAAAGUUGAGGCAAUGUUCAUUCUCUUGUUUCUCGUUUGCUUUGCUUUUAUCCUAUCACCUCUUUGGUUUUGUGUAAUGCCAGUGAAACUUGAAGGCCUCGGUUGACCGCUUUAUUGGUUUAAUGCAAAUACCAUAAUGCUCCACUCUCUCCAUCAAGACAACAAAUUUUGCUGUUUCUAUUAAUGUAUGAUUCUCUUUCCUUCUUUAUGUACAUCUGAGCGGACAGUUCAUGUUCCUGAACUUUGUUUAAUGAGUUAA